UUUCCAUGUGAAUAUUUUUGGGCAGAAAAUAUUUUCUCGGGAGAUUUCGGUAAAUUGUCCGGAAAAAAAAAUACAGCCUACCCCACCUUUGGAAUUUCUGAUUUCCCGCGAGAAACCCGCUCAAAUCUAUGGCAUCCUUGUGAGGGUUACAGGAAAAAAAGGGUGUUAGAGAGAUGGGUUUCAUUUCCUUGAAAACAACCAUGGAUUUGAUGUAUUAGAAAAAAAAAAAAAAAAAAAAAGGGGGUCUAGAAAACGAAGGGGAUGCUGCAGAUGUGAAAAGAGAAUAGAGAAAUCAUAUGACGUGUGGAAACAAGAAUCCAAAGUGGGGUUCUUCUUCCUCUGUUGUUGGCAUGGCCUCCCUUCCCCAGCCCAAGAGGCUCUAUCAAGCUUGGACGGGUCGCAAUAAAUUUCUCUGUGGAGGGAGAUUGAUCUUUGGCCCAGAUGUAGCAUCACUAUUUUUAUCUACACUCCUGAUAGGCGUUCCAGGCUUCACAUUCUGUAUAAAAAUGCUAGUAAAAAUCAAGAGCGAUGAUCCCCAUUUUAAGUAUCCAGUACUGUUUACAGGAUUGAUCCUCACUUUCCUGGAUUUGGCUUUUCUCUAUAUGACAUCGGGUAGGGAUCCAGGUAUAGUCCCAAGGAACACGCAGCCCCCUGAAUCAGACGAUGGAUUGGAUGGAACAUCAUCCUUGGAAUGGAUCAAUGAUGCAACCCCUGAAUUGAAGAUACCCCGAACAAAGGAUGUUUUGAUCAAUGGCUACAUAAUAAAAGUGAAGUACUGUGACACUUGCAUGAUAUAUCGUCCUCCCCGUGCUUCUCACUGCUCAAUCUGCAACAACUGUGUGCAGAAGUUUGAUCACCACUGUCCUUGGGUCGGCCAGUGUAUUGCUCUGCGUAAUUAUCGGUUCUUCAUCUUGUUUAUAUCAUUGUCAACUACCUUGUGCAUAUAUGUCUUUGUGUUUUCUUGGAUCAAUCUUAUUCGACAAGAAGGCAACUUAUGGAGAGUUAUGUCAUAUGAUAUCAUUUCGGUUAUUCUAAUAGUAUACUGCUUUAUAGCAGUAUGGUUUGUUGGCGGGCUUACAGUUUUUCAUUUCUAUCUGAUUUGCACCAACCAGACAACUUAUGAGAAUUUCCGGUACCGCUAUGAUAAGAAUAAAAAUCCAUAUAAUAAGGGGAUACUGAAGAACUUCAUAGAAUUUGGUUUUGGGAAGAUUCCACCUUCAAUGUUUAACUUCAGAGAAUGGGUGGUGGCUGAUGAUGAUAUAUUUAUGCCAUCCAUUACUCGAGAUUUCAGUGGAGGCACUGUUAGCUUGCAGAAAUCUGAUGUAGAAGUAGGAAGCCAGUUUAGCAAGGAUGGUGAUGUGCCAGUUCCACAUAUUCUGAAGAAUUUAGAUUACUCUGGGAUUGGUGAGGAUACACAGAAGAAGGAAGGAAAUGGGAAUAAUGCAUUUGAUGAUCCAUUUUUCUUUCCUGAUGAUUCAGAAGUUAGAUACGAGGAAGACUCAAGAUUCAAUCAGCAACCAAGAUACUCACAUGGGAUCUCCAAUGCUUAAAGGUCUAACCACAUAAUGUUUCAACCAGUGCAUGUACCUCUCCUGGCUGUACUUAAUGGAUUCAUAAGCUUAAACUGUUAAUUUGCCAAUGCCAGAGGUGGAAAUGGAAGCCGGUUAAUGCUAUAAAUCAAUCAAAGGCAGUCCCAAUGGUGAAAAAUGAUAUGUUGCAACAAGUACUUUGCACAUCAGAGGAGUAGCAGGGCAGGGCUUGCAGGAGAAUGGAGGUGCUAUCGUGCAAAAACAUUUGAUGGGUUGUGCUGUUUCAUUCCCUUUCUGGGCCCUGUAUUUUUUGGAACUCAAUUUGUAAUCUUUUCUCUUUGUUUGGUUAGGAAUUUAGAAGGUGUAAAGCUCAUGGCCAUGGCCAUUUUAAUAUAUACACAGUCUGGAAAGUCAAUUUGGAAAAGCAUCUUGUUCUGCUAAUGGAAAUGGGUGUUGCCUA